UCCGGCCCCCAAAGGGGCGGGGCAGAGUCGGCCAUUUUCUAUGCGGUCUCGGCGUGAGGCGGCGGUAGCGAAAGCCGGGAAGCCAAGAAGGGACGUCGGGCUCUCGUUUCUUGCGGGCUCCUCCAGCGCCUCGCCGCCAUGCUGUCCGUGCGCGUAGCCGCCGCCCUCGCCCGUUCCCUGCCCCGGCAGGCCGGCUUGGUGUCUAGGAAUGCUUUGGGCGCAACAUUUGUUGCAACAAGGAAUCUUCAUGCCUCCAAAAUGAGCCUACAGAAAACGGGUACAGCUGAAGUAUCUUCUAUUCUUGAGGAACGUAUUCUGGGUGCUGACACCUCUGCUGAACUAGAAGAAACUGGCCGCGUCCUCUCAAUUGGCGAUGGUAUUGCCCGUGUGUAUGGCCUGAGAAAUGUUCAGGCAGAGGAAAUGGUUGAGUUCUCCUCUGGGCUCAAGGGUAUGUCCCUGAACUUGGAGCCUGACAAUGUUGGUGUUGUCGUAUUCGGCAAUGACAGAUUGAUUAAGGAAGGGGACAUUGUGAAGAGAACUGGUGCCAUUGUGGAUGUGCCAGUGGGUGAAGAGCUGCUGGGGCGUGUUGUCGAUGCGCUGGGCAAUCCUAUUGAUGGAAAGGGCCCCAUCACUUCCAAGUUGCGCAGGAGGGUUGGCCUGAAAGCCCCUGGGAUCAUUCCUAGAAUCUCUGUGCGUGAGCCCAUGCAGACCGGCAUCAAGGCUGUAGAUAGCUUGGUACCCAUUGGCCGUGGCCAGCGUGAAUUGAUCAUUGGUGACAGGCAGACUGGGAAAACUUCAAUUGCUAUUGAUACAAUCAUCAACCAGAAACGAUUUAAUGAUGGGACUGAUGAGAAGAAAAAACUCUACUGUAUUUAUGUUGCAAUUGGUCAGAAAAGAUCCACGGUUGCACAGUUGGUUAAGAGGCUUACCGAUGCAGAUGCCAUGAAGUACACCAUUGUGGUCUCUGCUACAGCCUCAGAUGCUGCCCCUCUUCAGUAUUUGGCUCCAUAUUCCGGCUGUUCCAUGGGAGAGUACUUCAGAGACAAUGGCAAACACGCCUUAAUUAUUUAUGAUGACUUAUCCAAGCAGGCUGUCGCCUACCGCCAGAUGUCUCUCCUGCUACGUCGCCCCCCUGGCAGAGAAGCCUACCCAGGGGAUGUGUUCUACCUACACUCCCGUCUUUUGGAAAGAGCAGCCAAAAUGAAUGAUGCUUUUGGAGGUGGCUCUCUGACUGCCCUUCCUGUCAUUGAGACUCAAGCUGGGGAUGUGUCAGCCUAUAUUCCAACUAAUGUCAUCUCUAUUACUGAUGGGCAGAUUUUCUUGGAAACGGAAUUGUUCUACAAGGGUAUCCGCCCGGCCAUCAAUGUCGGGUUGUCUGUGUCUCGUGUCGGUUCUGCUGCCCAGACAAGAGCCAUGAAGCAGGUGGCUGGCACCAUGAAGCUGGAAUUGGCUCAGUACCGUGAAGUGGCUGCUUUUGCCCAGUUUGGGUCAGAUCUUGAUGCUGCGACUCAGCAGCUGCUGAAUCGUGGUGUGCGUUUGACUGAGCUGCUUAAACAAGGGCAGUAUGUUCCUAUGGCUAUUGAGGAGCAAGUAGCCGUCAUCUAUGCUGGGGUCAGAGGCCACCUGGACAAGUUGGAGCCCAGCAAGAUCACCAAAUUUGAGAGUACUUUCCUUGCUCACGUUCUGAGCCAGCACCAGGCCCUCCUCUCCACAAUCAGGACUGAGGGGAAGAUCUCUGAACAAACAGAAGCCAAGCUGAAAGAAAUAGUCACAGAAUUCCUGUCCACGUUUGGAGGAUAAACUCUGUAACAGUUCCAUAUACCAGAGUAUUUUUUUUUAUCGCUGACAGCUGGUAGUACUCUGGUUUGUUUUUUCCAGAGACUUGAAAGAUGUGCAGCUCUCACAGUGAGAAUAAGCCAUGUCAGGUAAAGAAGUCUUGUGGAUGUAGUCCUCACUGUGAUGGAGCCCAAUUGACCAACAAUAUCGAUGUGUGUAUAACGACAUGAUGAAUAAAGUCUUCAGACCCAG